AUGUCGCGGCUGUUCUCCUCUGCCUUGAAAUGGAGUCGAAAAGUCACUGACUGGGCCAGAAUUGAGAGGACUCCAAGUGAUCGGGUAGGAGAAUAUGAGCUCGUACCUCCAACUGGAUCACACGAUAGAUUCGAAGAGGAUGACUUUAAUCAAGAUCAUGACACCAUUACAAGAUCCCUACCAAACCUUCCUGGUCCGAAACCCACUGCAACUCAAAUGAAGACGCUUCGACAUGUACCUGGUCGAGUACCUUGGACAGCAUAUGCUAUCGCCCUAGUGGAACUAGCUGAAAGAGCUUCGUAUUAUGGUGUUGGAGGAUUGUUCCCCAACUUUGUCCAAAGGCCACUGCCACCAGGAGGUCCAGGUACAGGCGCACCACCUCCUGGCUCUCAAAUGACGCCUGGAGCCUUGGGGAUGGGUCUACAAGUAUCAACUGCUUUGAGCGUCAUAUUCUCCUUGCUGGCCUAUGCCACACCUCUUGUAGGAGGAUUGUUGGCGGAUAUGAAAUGGGGUAAAUUCAGGACAAUAGCGGUGGGUACUGGGAUUGCCGGUAUAGCGCAUGUACUAUCAGUUUAUGCUGCUUUGCCAUCAUUAUUGCAGAAUGGAGGUUCUUUCAUACCUUUCUUGAUGGGCUUACUACUGCUUGGUGGAUCAGCUGGUCUGAUCAAGGCCAAUAUCGCUCCGAUCAUGGCAGAGCAAUAUGUCCCUUCUUGUGAUUAUAUCGAUACUCUACCAAAUGGAACACGAGUGAUUGUAGAUAGAGAAGCCACAAUCCAGAAGAUAAUGUCUGCAUAUUACGGUGGAAUCAAUAUUGGCGCUUUUGUAGCUGUUACUUCUACUUUCGCAGAAAAGUAUGUCGGAUUCUGGUUAGCGUUCCUUAUACCUGGAGUCAUAUUUCUCUUAAUGCCAUUCAUCCUUCGUGUGGUUCAUCCACAUCUCGUGCCUUGUUCCAAACCAUCUUCGUCAGCGUUGAUAGACGCUUAUAACCAAUCGCGAUCUCUCUUCUCAUCGCGAUCGCGAAUCAAAGAUGAAGAUUUGGAAUCAAUAGAAUCCGAUCAAUCUGAUGAUUUGAGCAAGAUCAUUCAGGCCUGCAAAUUCUUUUCCUUUUUCAUCGUAUACAAUGUAGCAGACGGAGGGUUGAAUGCUCUUUUGACUAGUUUAGCUGGAUCAAUGACUACGAAUGGCGUUCCUAAUGAUUUUCUGGGACAUGCGAAUCCGCUGGUCAUUGUGAUAUCCAUACCAAUUCUCAAUCGAUAUCUCUAUCCAUAUCUCUCCUCUAAAAGAAUAGCUUUCGGACCAGUCAGGAGAGUGAUAGUCGGAUUUCUGUUAGCUGCAGCUGGGAUGGUUUGGUCGGCGAUAAUCCAACAUGCUGUAUACAAGACAUCUCCUUGUGGAUAUCAAGCUACAACAUGUGAAGAUGACUCGGGUGUCUCGCCACUUAGCGCUUGGUUGGUGUUACCCGCGUUCAUCUUAUCAGGAUUAAGUGAAUCUUUCGCUGUCGUAAGCGCAAUGGAAAUAGGUUAUAUGAUGUCCCCACCUUCAUUACGAUCAAUAAUAAACUCAUUAUUCUUAUUCACUCAAGCUUUAUCGGCAGCUUCGAUAUUGAUGUUCUUGCCCAUAAUGAAAGAUCCAUAUCUAGUUUGGCCAUUCACAAUCACUACUAUCAUAACGCUCAUCGCUGCUUGGGGUCUAUGGAAGACGUUCUCACAUCUUGAUGAACAUCAUGUGAUCUGA